AUGGUGCCCAACCCAGAGGAUUGUGAAGGGGUGUUUGAUCAGAAAGUGGUGCCCAACCCAGAGGAUUGUGAAGGGGUGUUUGAUCAAAUUCUGUAUGGUAUCCAGCAGCAGCAUCUGGAUAGACUACAGCGUGUGCAAAACACUGCUGCCAGACUCAUCACACGGAAGUCAAUGCGUGAACACUUUACACCCAUCCUGAAAGAGCUGCACUGGCUACCUGUGAGACUCAGGAUCGUGUUCAAGCUGAUCAUGUUUGUCUACAAAUCGAUCCAUGGGCUAUCCCCAGUAUACCUCCAGGAACACACUGCCCUUUACCAACCUGGCCCAAAACUGAGAUCUACAAACAAACUACAGCUUGCUGUUCCACCAACCAGCAGAACAACAUAUGGCGACAGAACCUUCCGAAAAGCAGGUGCAACUCUAUGGAAUGCACUGCCCAUUGAUGUCAGGGGAUCUGAAGAUGUCAACACCUUUAGAUCAAAACUCAAGACCAUCCUCUUCAAAAGAGCAUACGACUGA